AUGAGUCAACCACGGUCUGGGUGCAAUACAUGGCUAGACGAGUUAAUCAAAUUCAACUCCACCCUCCCACCUAGCGAAGACGGCACCAGCCAACCUCCUGAUUCUCACCAUGCCAGUGAGCAAGGAGAGAAUUCUUACCAUGAACAAGAAGAAUAUUUUAACAGAGGUGGAAACUGGGGCACAGACUGUGAGGCUGAAGUAACCAAUUAUUUCCCUGAACCCCCUCUAGCCUUUGAGGAGGGCUACACAUUCUUGAGCUUGUUUGAUGCUGAUGAAAAGAGUGUCCAUCGCAAAACGAACCUAUAUUAUCCAUUCAGCAGUCAGAGGGAAUGGGAGAUUGCAUCAUGGCUUCUGUGUUUGGGCCUGAGUAUGGGCAAGAUAGAUUCUUUCCUGUUGCUGGAGAUGGGGAACAUGCUUGGGACAUGCAGUCGGAGCUACCUCGUGGUGCAACUCUCCUCGGACAAGAUGUGUAUCACUGCAUUGAUAGGCGAUCAUGUUGCCUAUCUGUUACUUAUCAGCCUCACCAAUAUUCACAUGAAUACACGAUUGAAAUCAUCAUUGAACACUUUCCUCCUCACUGCCUUGCUUCCGGUGCCAAAAUUUGUUCAUAGGAAGAAACAGAUGAAGGGCGUGUUGCAGGAUUGGCUCGUUCACCAGUGCUUGGAUGUUGUACUAGAACCACUGAAGUUGGCUGCUCGGCUGGGCAUCAUGAUGUCAGAUCCAAUUGGACACAGUCACUAUUGCUUCACUCCACUUGCUAGUUAUAUCGCCGAUACCCCAGAAGCGAUGAUGCUCACAUGCGUUGGUGGAAAGACAUCUCCAGUGACUAUGGCUAUGUACAAGCAGUUUGGGGAUGCCUUUCGACACGAACCCAGGACCAAAUCAACAACUCUUGCACAGCUGGAUGUUGUGCACUCACACGCUGACCCACAUAACCUCGAGGCAUUCUUCCAUGAAGCACAGAAGUUCCGCCUGAAUGGCAUUGAGAAACCAUUCUGGAGUGACUGGCCACUAGCCGAACCAUCCUGUUUCUUCACACCUGAAUCACUGCACCACAUUCACAAGCAGUUUUACAACCAUGAUGUCCAAUGGAUUACCAGCACUGUAGGAGAUUCCAAAUUAGAUUUUUGGUUCUCAAUUUUACAGCCCACUACUGGUUACCGGCAUUUUCAUGGAGGCAUAUCGAAGCUCAAACAAGUUACCAGUCUCUGUCAUAGAGACAUUCAGUGA